AAGUAAGAUUCCUUCUUUUUUAUCAGAAAUUUAAUAAAAACAAACCCCCUGCAGGGAGGCAGAGGGGGUCAAAUCUGUCGCUUGGAGGAUACGAAGAUGAGAAGAAAAAAUUGCAACAGGAACGUCAGAGAGAGUAUCGAGAGUUGAUGGACAAGAAGGAACAAGAGAGAGGUAGAGGAAGGCGGGCCGAGCAGGCCAGAGCUAGAUCUCCCGACGAUUUCCUCUCCGGCAUCGGAAAACACCAGGAGGAGAGAGAGAAACUAAACACUGAGAGAAAGAAAGAAUACAACCACAUGCUAGCUGAGCAAGGCAGAGCUUUGAUUGGGGUGGCUAAAACUUUGGCCUCUUCUUAUGACAGUCUCUAUGGUGAUGAUUGGGAAGCACCAAGGCGAGGCAGGCCCAGAGACCCACCAGUGGAGCCAGAGGAUCUACCUCCAAAGGAUUCAGAUUCAUUUGAGGCAAGUCUUCGUGGGAUUAGAUCACAUGAGUCUGCAGAGAUCAGGAAAAAACAGUCCCGGAACGAGGAAUACAAUGAGUUUCUUAAACAAAAACGAGAACAGGAAAAACACAGAUAUGACAGACAGAAAUAUGGGAGAG